GUCAUUCGUUAUAAACGAGUGAGUGAAGCUGUCCAAAAAAAAAAAAGAGAGAGGGAUUUAUCAGACUGUUCUUUCGUGCGCAUCAAUGGAGGCCAAGCUGCUUGAGUUACCGUUUUCUUCCAUUUUCAAUCAAAAUGCCGCAAAAUCUACAAGACCCAUUUCUCUUUUCACGCCCAAAAAAGCUCUCAAAAUCACUGCAUCGAGUUUCGGCUCAAAUGUCUAUCGCUCUAUCGGAACUUCUUAUUCUUCUUCAAACAUAAGGUUUUCGAAGAAGCCUAGGGUGGAUGAGAGUGAAAACCUUACUCUCAACAGUAUAAGACGGUCCUUAAUUCGACAAGAAGAUAGCAUAAUAUUUAGCCUUUUGGAGAGAGCUCAGUACAGCUAUAAUCCAGACACAUAUGACCAUGAUGCAUUCUCCAUGGAUGGAUUUAAAGGGCCAUUGUCUUUGGUCGAGUUCAUGGUCCGGGAAACCGAAAGGCUACAUGCUCAGGUCGGCAGAUAUAAAAGUCCCGAUGAAUACCCUUUCUUCCCAUCAUAUCUACCGGAGCCAAUGCUUCCACCGUUGCAAUAUCCAAAGGUUUUGCAUCGCUGUGCUGGUUCAAUUAACAUAAACAAUAAGGUUUGGAAUGUGUAUUUUGCGGAGCUUCUACCGAAAUUAGUUGAAACCGGAGAUGAUGGUAAUUGUGGUUCUGCCGCUGUAUGUGACACAAUGUGCUUGCAGGUUCUUUCAAAAAGAAUUCACUAUGGAAAAUUCGUAGCAGAGGCGAAAUUUCGAGCAUCACCUGCAGCGUACGAGGAUGCCAUCAGAGCAAAAGACAGGUCUCGAUUGAUGGAGUUACUAACGUACGAGACAGUAGAAGCAGCAGUGAAAGAGAGAGUGGAGACAAAAGCUAGAGCAUACGGUCAAGAGCUAAACUUUCCGCUGACCGGAGUUGCAGCAUUUUCAGAUCCUGUAUACAAGAUCAAGCCAAGUUUAGUAGCCGAUCUCUACGGCGAUUGGAUCAUGCCGUUAACGAAGGAAGUUCAAGUCGAAUACUUGUUGCGACGGUUGGACUAACGGAAAGCUUCAACCACAGGGUGUUUGAACAUCAUUACAACUUUAUCAUGUUAAAUAACAGAGUUUCAGUUUUCUAAUUUAUAGCACAGAUUUCUCAGGAAAUUCCCAGUAAUGUUCAUCUAACAGCA